GCGCGGCCGAGUCUGCGCGCGGAAGUCCCACCCCCCACUUCCGGCGGCGGAGGCUGGGGCGGAACCUGCGAAACCUUCCGCUUUGCUCAGUGUAGGGGCUGGGGCACGUGUGUUGUUGCCUCGCAAUUCUUGGAUUACCUCCAUCCUUGGUCCAACUGUAGUGUCGGGACUCUCUUCAUACUUAAGGAUGAAGGCGAGAAGAAAUAAAAAACAGAUCCCAAGCUUUCGGAAGUUGCUAAAAACUAGUAAAGUGAAACUUGAAAACAAGCUAAAAAAUAAGCAAUUUAAACAACAAAGUACUCUCAAGAAGUACCGAAAAGAACAGAGGAAACUAAGGCAAGCUGUAAAAGAUGCUGUGUCUAAGAAACCGAUCCCACUGGAAGACCCAAAGGAAAAACGACCAGGUAAAAGGAUUGAGAGGGAAGAGGAGGAAGAAGAGGAAGCCCUUCCUUUGGAUAUGAUGGAUGAAGAUGACUUGCAGUUAAUGAGAGACUUAGGACAAAGAGCAUCUUUUCUAACGAGAGAUCUUUCUUCUAGUGAACCUGUUCACGCCAAGAAACGAAAGCAUGAGCAUGUUAUAGAUAAAUAUGAAAAAAUUCCAAGAGCUCUGCAAACUGCCCCAGAGAAGGAACUGAUUCACUUACUUCCUAUCAAGGAUAAAAGUGGUAUAAUCCCACAGACCAGGGAGAAGCCAGUUACAGACAGUAACCAAGAUGAAGAGGAUCAAGAAGAGUUGGAACUUGAGGAAGAGAUCAUUGAAGAUCCCAUUCGAGAACUGACAUUAGAACAUUUGAUUGAGAGAAGGAAGAAACUAGAGGAGAAGAAAAUGCAUAUUGCAGCCUUGGGAUCUGCCAUAUUAGGAGACCCAGAAAGUAACAUUAAAAAAUUGAAAGAAAUACGUUCCAUGCUGACGGAACAGGAUCCUGAUGUGGCUGUUACUGUUCGAAAGCUGGUGAUAAUUUCCCUGUUGGAGUUAUUUAAAGACAUUACUCCUUCAUAUAAAAUACGACCCCUCACAGAAGCAGAAAAAUGUACCAAGAUCCGCAAAGAAACCCAAAAGUUAAGAGAAUUUGAAGAAGGUCUGGUUAGCCAAUAUAAAUUUUAUUUGGAAAAUCUGGAGCAAAUGAUUAAAGACUGGAAGCAAAGGAAACUGAAGAAAAGUAAUGUAGUUUCCUUAAAGGCGUACAAAGGACUGGCGGAAGUGGCUGUGAGGAGCCUGUGUGAGCUGUUGGUGGCACUACCUCAUUUCAACUUUCACAACAACAUCAUUGUAUUGAUUGUCCCGCUCAUGAAUGACGCAUCAAAGUCGAUAUCUGAAAUGUGUUGUGCGGCAGUAAAGGAACUGUUUAAACAAGAUAAAUUAGGCCAAGCUUCCCUUGGUGUGAUUAAAGUGAUUUCUGGUUUUGUGAAGGGCCAAAAUUAUGAAGUUAGGCCAGAGAUGUUAAAGACAUUCUUGUGCUUAAGAAUCAAAGAAGUGGAAGUGAAAAAAGAUACCGAGGACAUUAAUAAACCAAAAAAGUUCAUGACUUUCAAGGAAAAGAGAAAAACUCUAUCAAGAAUGCAGAGAAAGUGGAAGAAAGCAGAAGAGAAACUAGAGCGAGAGCUUCUGGAGGCAGAAGCUUCAGAGAGCACUGAGAGGAAACUUAAACUGCACACAGAGACUUUGAAUAUUGUGUUUGUGACCUACUUCAGAAUAUUGAAGAAUGCCCAGAGGUCACCUCUCCUGCCAUCUGUUCUAGAAGGCCUUGCCAAGUUUGCUCACCUUAUAAAUGUGGAGUUUUUUGAUGAUUUAUUGGUAGUACUGCAUUCUGUCAUCGAGUCUGGUGACCUGAGCUAUCGAGAAAGCCUUCACUGCGUCCACACUGCUUUCCAUAUUCUUUCUGGGCAAGGUGAUGUUCUCAAUAUUGAUCCGAUGAAAUUUUAUACACAUCUGUAUAAAACACUGUUCAAGUUACAUGCAGGUGCUACCAAUGAAGGUGUCAGGAUUCUACUCCAGUGCCUUGACGUCAUGCUAACUAAGCGCAGAAAGCAGGUUUCUCAGCAGAGAGCCCUUGCUUUCAUCAAGCGUCUUUGUACCCUUGCUCUUCACGUUCUUCCAAAUUCAAGCAUUGGCAUUUUAGCAACUAACAGAAUAUUAAUGCAUACUUUCCCAAAAACAGAUCUGUUGCUUGACAAUGAGUCUCAGGGAAGUGGGGUUUUCCUUCCCGAGCUGGAUGAACCCGAGUACUGUAAUGCUCAGAACACUGCGCUUUGGGAAUUGCACGCCUUACGGAGACAUUACCAUCCCGUCGUGCAGAGAUUUGCGGCUCACCUGAUCGCCGGAGCCCCCUCUGAAGGCUCGGAAGCGCUCAAACCAGAGCUGAGCCGGAGAUCUGCUGCAGAACUUUUUGAGACAUACAGCAUGGCUGAAAUGACAUUCAAUCCUCCUGUUAAAUCUUCAUGUUCCAAAAGGAAGAGUGAAGUUUCACAAGGGGAUUCAUUUUUGAAUGAAGAUUUAAAUCAGCUAAUCAAAAGACAUUGCAGUGAAGUAGCUACUCACUUGCCUCUGGAUUUCAGCAAAUGUUUGAAAACAUCACUACAGUAGAAGAAGGAGGAGUCAGUGGACUUUCUUAUGUAUUUGUGUUUGUUUAGAUGCACAUAGAGACCUACUGUUAAUUUAGGACAUUCUCUUUUUAUACAAGGGAAACUUCCUAAGAAAAUUAACAGAGGAGGAAGACUUACCCUUUGCAUGGCACAUAGGGUUCUGCCCCAAUUCUGAAAUUGUCAUUAAGAGAAUCGAAAGCCCCCUGCCCCCAUAUUUGGAAGUUUCUUAAUGACAUUGCCUUUUUAAAACUUAAUAUAUAUCUUGGGGCACCUGGGUGGCUCAGUUGGUUGAGUGUCCGACUCUGGAUUUUGACUCAGCUCAUGAUCUCAGGGUUGUGAGAUCAAGCCCCAUGUUGGGCUCCAUGCUGGGUGUGGGGCCUUCUUAAGAUUCUUUCUCCCUCUGAUCCAACCCCCUGCGCUCUCUCCUCUCAAAAAACCCAAAAAACAAAAAACUUACUAUACAUCUUAAAUUACAGUUUUAAAAAAAUCUUUGGAGUGAACUUAACUGGAUUACAAUUGCUAGAUUAAAAUAAGGGCAUAAAGCACAGAAAAAUGAAGACCAUGAGAUUGCUUUUUACCAUUCAACUACUCUUUAUAGCCAAAACUCUUUCAAAUGAAAUACAUAUAUUUUUGUUGCAACACUGUAGAUGGAAAUGAGGAAAAUUUUAUAUUUGAGUAUAUUUUCAGGAUUUUUGAGAAAAGAAAAAAAUGGCUUGAAAUUGGAAACCAGGUCCAUUGUCUUUGGCUGAAUGAUACACUUUAAGAAGUAACCUAAUUUGAUCUUUUUAAAAAAGAACGAGAGUGUUCAUUAAGGCUACUUUCAAAAAAAGUUUGGAUGUGAUUCUAGUCUCUUUUCAAAGUUCUUCAUGUUUUCUGCCGUGUUCUGGGUGGUGAUGGGGGAAGAACUGCUCCUGGGUGGAAAAACCAAGUUGAAGACUUGACUCUGUUUUAAGGAUGAACGGUACCUGUUGAAGGGCUUUUCUUCUUUUCCUUUUCUAUCUCCUGUUCCUCCUCCUCCUCCUCUUCUUCCUUUGUCAUCAUUGUCUUUUUACAGAUACAGUCCUAUUCUUAUGAAUAUAAUUAAAAAGCAGUGUUU